GGUGGUCUCUUUGAGCAUCCUGUAAUAGAAACGGUGGGUACUCCGCAGAUUGAACAAGAACCUUUCGCUAUAUUUUUCUCAUGUAAAUUCCAAUAUUUUGCACAGCCAGUAGUUCACGUACAAACUCUUCCACAAACUGAGCCAUCUCUUUUAAUAUGUGGACAAGUAACACACUGA